GCCCCAUUCUGUUGCCUACCUCCUGAAGCAGUCUAACCAGCAAACGUUACCUCAGCGCACAGUCUCUGUAUCUGCUAUUGCUUCAGUGCAUAUACUGCCCCGGCUGGUCAUUCGCUUUCGCGUUGCUUUUACACUGAAGGAGAGAUCAGCGGCACUCCAUUUACAGCUCCUUCGUCAACUCCAGGCUUAUGGCAAAUAACGCCUUUUUUCUUUCUUCUAUUAGUACCCCCAUCACUCUUUAAAAAUUCCGCCGAAAAAGAGAAGACGAUUAUCCCAAAAAAUUGGGCCGUUAUCUCACGGCACACCACUUUCUGUGCAGGUGUACAAUAACUACCCAGAAGGCCUAGGGGCGGCCCUCUACCGGGAGCAGUUUGACUUCAACGCCGAGCCGCCUUGGGAUCCUAGCUGAUAGUGGGAGAGAUCCAUCUCCUGACUUGUCCAUUUUGUUGCAUACACCUAGGACCCCAACGGCUCAGAGACGACUUUGACUAGACAACUUGCUUUAUGAUUGUCGGAUUUGCGGAAUACGGUUGAGAUGAAAGGACUCGCUGAUGAACCAAUCUACUCCAUUGAGCUUUUGGAGGGAGGCGCAACCCUCAGAGAUGUCAUUGACAGCCAUAUUUGCGAGCAAGCCCUGGCUGAAAAGAAUGCGUUUUUCGUGGGCGACCUUGGGGUCGUGAUGCGGCAGCACAUCCAGUGGCAGGCCCAGAUGACCCAGAUCCGGCCUUUCUACGCGGUCAAAUGCAACAGCAGCCCAGCGGUCGUCGAGAUCCUGGCCGCCCUCGGAGCUGGCUUCAUCUGCACCAGCAAGGCUGAGGCAGUGCUGGUGCAGAGCUUCGGCGUCGCUCCUGAGAACAUCAUCUUUGGCGGCGUGUGCAAGCAGCUCUCCCAGAUCAAGUAUGCAGCCAAGAACGGCAUCGACCUCCUGGUGUGUGACAACGAGACGGAGCUGCGUAAGAUCGCACGCGGGCAUCCCACUGCCAGGCUGCUGCUGCAGGUGGCGACGGAGGCGCAUGGCGAGGGUGAGGAGAUGAGCAUGGCCUUCGGCUCCACCCUCAAGAGCUGCCGGCACCUGCUGGAGUGCGCCAAGGAGCUGGGUGUGCACGUGGCGGGAGUCAAGUUCCACAUACCUAGCAGCUGCAAGGACCCCCAGGCGUACACCCAUGCAGUGUCUGACGCCCGCUGUGUGUUCGACAUGGGGGAGGAGCUUGGCUUCAGCAUGAAGAUUCUGGAUAUUGGUGGUGGCUUUACCGGCUCAGAACUUCAGCUGGAACAGAUCCACAGCACCAUCAGGCCACUGCUGGAUGUGUACUUCCCCCCUGCAUCCGGGGUCUCUGUCAUCGCCGAGCCUGGGGGCUACUACGUGUCCUCCGCCUUCACCCUGGCCGUCAACAUCAUCGCCAAGAAGGUGGUGGCCCGGGACCAGCAAGGCCAGCUCCUGGAUGAACUUACACCAAACGACGAGCCUGAGUUCCUGUACUAUAUGAAUGAUGGGGUGUACGGCUCUUUCGCCAGCAAGCUGUUGGACAACACCAUCCCCGCCCCCUCCGUACACAAGAAGUCCCUGUCCGUGGAGGAGCCGGUGUUCGCCAGCAGUCUGUGGGGUCCCUCGUGCGACGGGCUGGACCAGGUGGUGGAGCACUGCCUGUUGCCAGAGCUGAGCGUGGGGGACUGGGUCACCUUCCACAGCAUGGGCGCCAACAGCCUGGGGGAGCCCUCCGCCCUGUCAGACGUGCAUAAGCCGCCCGUCUACUACGCCGUCUCUGCAGACGAUUGGUACGAGAUGCAGGACGCCGGAAUCGCCCUGGACACCACCAUGAGGAGCUUCUCCCUGGUCCCGUACGGCCUGCAGCUGAGCCAGCCGGCGGUCGCCUUCUCCACCCCCGCCUAAUGUGACGUCCAGGAGGUUCUCUGACCCGCGCAGUCUGCAGGACUUUGUCUGGUCAACAUUCCAAGGGGACAGAACAGCAUCUAAGGCCCCUCCCUUAGACAGCUGAAGAAAAGUGUUUCAGUGGGACCAGGCAAAUUUGGUUAAAUGAGAAGCAAAAGUUGUAUCCAAUUAAACCCCAUCCCCCACAAAAAAUAAAAAACAACCGCCCACAUUCAGUAAUAAAAUAUGCAACAAAAUGGAUGACUCAGUAGAGAUGGAAUCCCACUUCUGGGUUUCCUACUCAAUAACAGUUUACAUACAUGUUCGAUUUAUUUAAUUUUAUUUUAUAUUAAAUCGUAUAUAUAUAUAUAUACACAUACAUAUAUAUAUGUAUGAUUGAUUACCUGUUGCCAGUCUUGUGAGUCAGUUGUCUGCCCAACACGGUGCAGUUUACAGAAGCACCGAGACCUGAUUUCAAGAAAUUAAUUGCUUAGAAAAGUGUAAAUUUGUGCUUUAAUCAGUAGCAUAGUCAAAACAAAUGUUCCUCCGUGCUACGAAAACAUGACUCCCAACCCACUCAUGAUUGCAAUAAAUUUUUAUGUAGCUUUUGGUUAUUUAUGUAAGUUGCAUUGUACAAAAAAUGGGGCAGACUUGAGCUGCACCUCUUAAGAUAUAUCGCAACAUGAAAUCCCUCACUUUGCUGUGUUCCAAAAGGUAUUGACGCUAUUUUUUUUUUUAAAGCAACUCGUUUUGAAUAGAUGUGAUGUGUAAUUGUGAUCCUGGAAAUGCAGGACUCCUUCCUGAGGUGCCGAGCUUCCCAAGUAUUUUUUAGAAUCACAUUUGGAAUUGCUGGACGGUGCCUCGGCUCUGUCUCCCAGGAGACCAGUGAUUUAAUGGGAGCUCCUGCAUUUUACGCCAGCAUUUUGCUGAAGCCGCUCCUCCAAGCUCCAGACCAGCGGACAGGCACAAAGAUUUAGCUGCUCUCGCCCUCUGCCAUGUUUGCUCGGAGCGCUUGCAUAAUCCAGCAUAGAGGAAGUGCUGUAGGAAAUGUGUCGCGCUAGGUCUGUGAGCAUUGUCCAAUGAGAGGAGCGUAGCUGGCAGACGAGGUCACUUCCUGUUUCUCAGCGGUGAUGACUUCCCUUCACUGCCCACCUCAGGCUUGCAUCACUAUGAAUUCUGUGUCCCUGGAGCCAUAUCUUGUUUCAAAAUGUGUCCGAAUUUGACGAGUCUGCUCCCGUUUGUAAACCCCUCUCCAGAACAGAUGCAAGCUGAUGUAAAGUACAUUUUUGUCUAAGGCACUAAUGGAUCGUAGCUUGUUUUUGACUGUAAAAUUGUGCUCAGUAAAGUGAUGAAAAAGUGAUUAAUUUAAUACACCUCUUUGACUGAA